GAAGGGUUAGGUUUGGGCUGAGGGCUAGGGUUAAGGUGAGGCCAGGUUAGGUUUGCUUGGGCCUGGGACAAGGGUACUGUUAGGGGUUUUGGGGGACAGCUCCUCACCUGGUUGCCCCUCCCUGUUGCCUGUGUGAAGCAUGGAGCCCCGACCCUCCCCUUCCUGGCAGACUGGAGUCCAAGCCUUGCACUCACCACCCGGGUCCCCUGCUCCUGGGCCUGGCCUGGAGAGCAGCCCCCAGCUCCUCCUUUCGCAGGUUCCCGCCCUUCCCUCGUGCUAUCCAGGCCCAUGAGUGCCCCCAGUUCCUCGGAGGACAGUUCCGAGGAAGACGCAGCGGAAGCCGGGCAGAAGCCCGAGAUCAAAGACACUUUCAAGGACAUUUCCAGGUACUUCUCCAGGGCAGAAUGGGCGAAGAUGGGAGAGUUCGAGAAAAAACGCUACCGGAACGUGAAAAACAACUACAAUAUGAUGCUUUCCAUAGGUCUCCGAGCCCACCGACCGGAUUUCAUGUGUCGUGGGCGGCGAACCGGCAGGCCCCGGGUGGAUGACCCUGAGGAUUCCGAUGAGGAGUGGACCCCUAGGCAGCAAGUCAAACCUCCUUGGGCAGCCUUGCGAGUGGAGCAGAGUAAACCCCGGCAGGGGAAGCCCAGGGCGCUGUUGAGUGAUGAACCCAGCCUGAAGGAAUUGCCUGCAACAGCAAACGUACAAGACAGCGGUGGCUCAGAGAAGGCCCAGACGCCGGUGUCCUCUCCCCGAGAAGCAAAAAAGCUGGGUAAGAGGAAGGUUCUGUUAUUAGACCCCAGGAGAAAGGUGGUGGAGCCCAAGAUGUACAGCCUGCGGGAAAGGCAGUGUUGCACUUACGAGGAGGUCAGCGAGCCCCAGGACGACGACUACCUGUAUUGCGAGAGGUGCAAGAACUACUUCCUGGACAGCUGCCCUGCCCACGGGCCCCCCGAGUUUGUAAAGGACAACGCGGUGACCAAGGGGACCUCCAACCGCGCGGUCCUCAGCCUGCCCACUGGGCUGAGAAUAGGACCCUCGAGCAUCCGGGGGGCCGGGCUCGGGGUGUGGACCGAGACCUCCUCGCUGCCGCUGGACCUGCACUUCGGCCCCUACGAGGGCGAGGUCACGGAGGAGGAAGAGGCCGGCCACAGCGGGUACUCCUGGAUGAUCACCAAGGGGCGGCACUGCUACGAAUACGUGGAUGGCAAGGACACGUCCCAGGCCAACUGGAUGAGGUACGUGAACUGCGCCCGAGACGAGGAGGAGCAGAACCUCGUGGCCUUCCAGUACCGCAGGCAGAUCUUCUACCGCACCUGCCGCGCCGUGGGCCCCGGCCGCGAGCUGUUGGUGUGGUACGGCGACGAGUACGGGGAGGAGCUGGGCCUCAAGUGGGGCAGCAGGUGGAAGGGCCAGCGCCUGGCCGGCAGAGCACCAAAGGCAGAGAUCUACCCCUGUCCCUCGUGCUCUUUAGCCUUCUCCAGUCAGAAAUUCCUCAGUGGCCAUGUGAGAUACAGUCACCCCGCUCAGAUCCGCACAGCAACAGCGGCAAGAACGAGCCUCAAACCGGAGGACCCCUGUCCGGGGGACCCGCUACCAGAGCAGCGGCCUUCUGAUCCACAAGGCCGGAACGAAGGAGGUGGAGGUGGAGGUGGAGGGGUCCAAGGAGGGCCCGGCCCUGCGCACCAAACGACAAGGCAGGGGGGCACUUGGGAAGCCCCUUCCAGUCCUCCCAAGGGGCAGCUGGGGAGGUCCGGGGACAUGCGAUGUGCGGCAGGGGGAGCCUCGCAGAUUGCAACGGUCAAGAGGGUACAGAAACAGGAAGGCCUCAGUGAUGCAGCCAACGGCAGCAGGCAGCAGCGUUCGCAGGCAGGCGAGAAGCCCUGGGCUUGCGGAGUGUGUGGAGGAGGGUUUAGAUGCAAGUCACAGCUCAUGCGGCACCAGAGAAUACACACGGGGGAGAAGCCCUGGGCCUGCAGCGUCUGUGGACGGUCAUUUACUCAAAAGCGAAACCUUGUGCAGCACCAGAGAAUACACACGGGGGAGAAGCCCUGGGCCUGCAGGGUCUGUGGACGGUCAUUUACGCAAAAGGCAAGCCUCGUGCGGCACCAGAGAAUACACACGGGGGAGAAGCCCUGGGCCUGCAGGAUCUGUGGACGGUCAUUUAAUCAAAAGCCACAUCUCGUGCAGCACCAGAGAAUACACACGGGGGAGAAGCCCUGGGCCUGCAGCGUCUGUGGACGGUCAUUUACUCAAAAGCGAAACCUUGUGCAGCACCAGAGAAUACACACGGGGGAGAAGCCCUGGGCCUGCAGGGUCUGUGGACGGUCAUUUACGCAAAAGGCAAGCCUCGUGCAGCACCAGAGAAUACACACGGGGGAGAAGCCCUGGGCCUGCAGGAUCUGUGGACGGUCAUUUAAUCGAAAGGCAAGUCUCGUGCGGCACCAGAGAAUACACACGGGGGAGUAGCCAUAUUCUUCUGGAAGAAUAACUGAAGCACUAUAACACCACCCCUGCGGCUGCAGUGGAACCUCUGUACACCUCUGACUUUUUUGUUUUUGCCUUCCUGUUUUAAUAAAUAUUUUCUC